AUGCUCUCCAAAGUGUUUUUCUGGGCUUCAAGCUUUGCUAUUGCUGCAAUUGCAGUCCCACCUCCGGGGCCUUGCUCUGGAGCUUGUGGCACGCACGAUCCGUCUCUCAUACGACGUGUCUCUGACGGGACUUACUUUUUGUUCUCAACAAAUGGACAUGUUGGAGUUGCAAGCGCCCCUUCUAUUGCCGGUCCUUGGACUCAACGAGGUGCGGCGUUGCCUGGCCCUGUGAAGUUGCCGCAAGGCAACGAUAUUUGGGUUCCUGACGUCUCCUUUGUUGGUAACACAUACUAUAUGUACUAUGCAGUCAGUUCAUUUGGAAGCCAGAACUCGGGCAUCGGCUUGGCGACAUCAACAACUUUGGAGCCAGGAUCAUGGACCGACCACGGCAGCAUCGGGCUCAGUUCAACCCCUGGAUCACCUUAUAAUGCUAUUGAUCCAAAUUUGGUGAAAUCUGGAAACAGCUAUUAUCUAAAUUUUGGAAGCUUCUGGGGGGAUAUAUACCAAGCUCAAAUGAGCACCGACUUGACACGACCAACUGGUAAUCCGCUCCACAUGAUCUUCAAUCCCACUGGAUCCCAUGCCGUAGAGGGAGCUUUUACCUUUCAGAAUGGAAACUAUUUUUACAUGUUUUGGUCAGCUGGACAGUGCUGUGGUCUGAACACGAAUAGACCUCCACCUGGUGGCGAGUAUAUGAUCAAAGUCUGUCGUUCUAAUGCUGUCAGCGGGCCUUACGUCGAUCAAAAUGGCGUAUCGUGUACGGCAGGUGGUGGCUCUAUUGUCUUACAAAGUCACGAUAAUAUUUACGCUCCAGGUGGGCAAGGCGUCAUAAACGACCCAGCUUAUGGUCCAGUUCUGUACUAUCAUUAUAUGAAUACAAACAUUGGUAUUGGAGAUGGUCAGACCAUUUUGGGAUGGAAUCCUCUUUCUUUUCCAAAUGGGUGGCCUGUUGUAGAACCGGCGAACUCGACUCCCACAACAUCAAGAGUGGUUCCGACAUCAAAUCCUUCCACCCCGAAUGGUGCUCUAAUGUAUGGCCAGUGUGGAGGUAUUGGAUGGACUGGUGCUACGAGCUGUGCGCAAGGCAGCUGCCAUGUCCUCAACCCGCACUAUUCUCAGCGACUUACUGAGAAGGGUUCUAGAGCGAAGGCGUAG